AUGGACUCUCAACUCCCCACCUCAGACGGCAGCAUAGUUGAAGCCACCAUCGCCGACCUAACAGCAGCACUCACGUCCCAACGCACGACAGCAGUCGACCUCGUAACAUCCUACCUGCUCCGCAUCGCAACAUACGACACCCGCAACACAGCCUUGAACUCGAUUCCGCUCCUCAAUCCUAAUGUCUUCACUGAAGCCGCCGCCUCGGACGCACGUCGGGCAGCUGGCCAGCCACUCGCGCCUCUGGAGGGCAUUCCCUUCACGGUCAAAGACAGCUACAAGGUCCGCGGCAUGACUGUCGCUAGCGGCAGUGAAGCCUUCCAGCACCUCAUCGCAAGCGAAGAUGCAUUCACGGUCAAGACCCUGCGAGAUGCGGGUGCCAUCCUGAUCGGCAAGACAAACAUGUGUCCCAUGGCCUUUGGCGGGAUGCUCCGCGGUGUCUACGGACGGGCCGAGUCGCCGUAUAAUGCGCAGUACCUUGCGGCGGCGUUUGCAUCGGGGUCAUCGAAUGGCAGCGGUGUCUCGACCGGGGCUUCUUUUGCCGCCUUCGGUAUGGGCGAGGAGACAGUGAGUUCGGGCAGGAGUCCCGCCAGCAACAACGCCUUAGUGGCUUAUACACCGAGUCGAGGCUUGAUCAGCAUUCGGGGCAAUUGGCCACUGUAUCCGACGUGUGAUGUUGUGGUCCCGCAUACGAGGUGUAUGGAUGAUAUGUUGACCAUACUGGACAUCCUGACGAUGGAAGAUGAAAAUACGAUUGGCGACUUCUGGAGGGACCAGCCGUUUGUGGAGACGAGGAAUAAAUGGCUACGGAGGCCGAGCUCUUUCGCUGACAUCAAGGACGCCCACUUCUUGAGCGGCAAGAAGAUUGCGGUACCAGCGAUGUAUAUUGGGCAAUCUUCACAUGAAACAGGCGUCUACACAUCGGAUGCGGUCAUUGAUCUCUGGUCCCAGGCAAAAGCCGAUUUCGAGGCAUGCGGUGCAACAGUUGAGGUUGUGCAAGACCUUCCGGUCAUGAGACUGUACCAAGACCCGUCAUCGUCGAAUGCGGAGGAGCUUCCAGAGUAUCUGAGACUGCCGGAGGACUGGAAUUCGUCUGAAAGGGGUACUUUGAUCGCUCACGCAUGGGAUGACUUUCUGCAGAUCAACGGCGAUCCAAGCCUAUCCAAACUGGCCGCAGCAGACUGGACGAAAUUCUUUCCCCAGAUGUCACCCGACGACCCUCAACUGCGGUUCUCUGAAGUGGCUAAUGCAGUGCAUUGGUCGAAGUUGGCUUCGUACGUCGAAAACAACGUCAAGUGCGUGGCCUCUGGAAGCAGCAAAAUUUACGACGUCCCACACCUUUCUCGAGCUGUCACAGCUUUGGAAAACAUGCGCAAGAGGCUGUUCGAGGACUGGAUGUCGAUAGAGAAGUUCGAUUUCGUUGUUUUUCCAGCUGCAGGCGAUGUCGGUUAUGCGGAAGCAGACAUCGAUGUUGAUCUAGCCAGGCACACGUGGAGGGAUGGCGUCAAAUACAGCAACGGGAACAGAUGUUUGCGCCAUCUAGGUAUUCCGAGCAUCACGGUGCCGAUGGGGAUGCUCCGGGACAAAGGUAUGCCGAUGGGGUUGACAAUUCUGGGCAAGGCCUACGACGAUGUCGAUAUCUUGAAAGCCGGUUACGCUUUUGAGCAAAGGCGGCAAGGGAGAGUGGCGCCGCCUCGCACGCCAACCCUUCCAACGGACGUCCUGUGUGGCGAGAGACUGGAUCUCGCAGCUCCCCCACCAAUGCUCGAGAUGACAGACUGCCAUGCCACGGCGGUCUCAAAGCUCGAGCUCGUCAUUGCAAUUGAAGGUAGAGUGGGAAUUCCAGAACAGAUAUCUAGAACGGGUGUCCGACCCGCAGUGGAGGUGUACAUCGAUGGUAUCAAAAAUCCUGAGAGCGGUCUGAAGUUGAGUCCCAUUAAUGGCAGCAACAUGUUCAACUUUCGCGGCGAAUGGGCAGUCCCAGCACCGCCUGAGCAGGAUGAACGGAACAAAGUCGUGGGACGAAUCGCAAGGGACGGAACCAUGAUCAUCGUCCGAGCAAGGAACGGUUCUGGUGGUCGUCCAGCUGGCGUGCUGCGCUUGCUGGAUUCUAGAGAUACUGGUAGCUGA